GACAUUUUUGAGUGUGGAACGCAUUUGCGUUCCACCAGAGACGGAAUGUGACAUCACAAAGAAGAGAACCGGAAGAAGAAUUGCAGACGUCAAUGGAACGCAUAUACGUUCCAAGCGGAAAAGACCAAUCGGAGGAAGGAAUUCGACGGCGGAAACUGCUCCCAUCAUUGUAAAGAGAACACAGCUGUGA